UGACUAUAAUCUCAUGAAUCAGCCGCCCUUCCUUUGGGAACCCAAAGGAAGUUCAUGAGAUUACGAUCGAUCAUUGCAGCUAGCUAACGUACCAGGUACAUCCAGUGAUAGAGGAAUUCUGCAGUUCAGAUCAAAAUGACGAGUAACUCCGGUCAACAACAACACGGUGGCUACCGUCCUCUGCAGCAAGUGCCCCAUGAGUAUCCUCGCAGCAUGUACUCUCCUGCCCCGGCCAACCAGUACCCUCCUGCCCCAGCCAAUAUGGGAGCCCAACAACAGUCCAGCAACACCAACGUGGUGGUGACAAACCAGCCUGGAGUUGCUACCAUGACUGUCACGCCACCCUCAGAGAAGCCCGACCCUAGAGCCUUCAUCGUAACAAUCAUACUCAUGUCAUGCUGCUUUUGGGCAUGGCCUCUGUUCCUCUGCUUCGUACCAGCACUUAUCCUCUCCGUGGUGGGUUUCAACUAUGGCUACUCCAAGUCUCGAGAGCUGCAGAAGCAGUCCAGGCUCUUUAUGUCCGUGGCUAUUGGGUUGGACAUUGCAGCUGGCGUAGUGUUCUGUGUAUCUAUAGUGAUAUACGUCAUCAUUGUUGCUAGUGUAUAGUUCACAUGUUUAAUGUUUGAUGUGUUUUGAUUAAUAGAUAAAUACACAAAAAAGACUUCUGGACAACACUACUGUUAUUAUUAUAAUAAUAGUUCUUUAUUGUGAAAUUUAUAUUGUCAACAAGCUGA